CUAAAGCACCGUUUCCUUCUUCCACAGCAAGAAAAGUUCAACCAAAUGGGAAUCAGAAUCGGCGACGGUGACGGCGACAAAUACGGCGGCACAGAGGAGCUAGAACUUUUCGGAAAAUCUGAUACUGUUACAGUAAACAGUAUACCGCAUAUGUCUCCGUCAGUUUCUUCGUCAUCCGCAUCCGCGAAGAUGAGUUAUGGAUUCAACGAGGAAGAGUUUGAAUGGGUGGCUGUAGAUAAAGAGAUUGAUCUUGUUACGGAUAAAGCUCCGGAACUUGACGAAGUUGAUGAUGCUUUCUCUGCACUUCAAUUGAUGUUCAAUGAUGAUGAUGACGAAGAAUCAGGAGACCAACUUUCAGAGUCAGAGUUUGUGGAUUGGAUUGAGCCUUCGUUGCAGCUUUGCAAUACUAGCCUUCUACAGCCUUUUAUGCUGGACAGACUCUAUGACGCCUUUCAUGUGUUUCAGACCGACCCAUCUGUUCAGAGAAUGGUUAUGUCAUUGACUUCAGACAAGGCUGUUUGGGAUGCGGUGAUGAACAAUGAGGUUGUCCGGGAGCUUAUAAGCAACGCUGAGAGGUCAGAAGAAGACUCUGGUUCAGCCGCAAAUUUCUUAAGAAGGUUGUUUGAGAGAAGUGCCGUCAAAAUCAUGGACGCAAUGGAGAGAGUCACAAAGUAUGUCACUGACCUUUUCAACGUUGUUCCUGGAGAUGAGACGGUUGUGUUAGCCUCAGGUGCUGCGCCUAAGAUGGAGAAGCUUCAAAUGACGGUUCUGCUCGCCAUUGUUGUCCUGCUUAUCGUGUUAGUUACACGAGUAACAAGGUGUAGAUAGUAUACUACACCCAGCCAAACUAUGAUCUCACAUUUCAGGGUCUGCUGUACAAUUGUAAUUGCGACCUUUGGCUAAAAUCGCAGCAGGAAAACUGUAAUACUUGUGCUUACUCUUGUUUAAUAAGAAUAUAGUGAUUUGUCAUUUUAAAUAUUAAGCCC